AUGGCAGCAGAAGACGGACAAGUGAUUGGGUGCCACACUGUGGAUGCAUGGAAUGAGCAGUUGCAGAGAGGAAAUGAAUCUAAGAAGCUGAUGGUGAUUGAUUUUGCUGCUUCAUGGUGCGGGCCAUGCCGAGUCAUUGCACCUUUCUUGGCUGAGCUGGCUAGGAAAUUCCCUGAGGUUAUCUUCCUUAAGGUGGAUGUUGACGAAUUGAAGACCGUGGCUCAGGAUUGGGCUGUGGAGGCUAUGCCAACUUUCAUGUUCCUGAAAGAAGGGACGAUCGUGGACAAAGUUGUGGGAGCAAGGAAGGAGGAACUGCAGCAGGCUAUAGCAAAGCACACAACCCCUGCUGCUGCUACUGCUUCUGCAUGA